ACUGAGAGAAUUACUUCCAGACCUGGUACUGACUCUCACAAAACAGAAUAUAAAACCUGAAUGACUUUUGAAACCAGAAACACACACAAGGACUGAAAGAAUUUAAAAGAGGAUUACAAAUGAAGACACUGAAGAAACUUGUUUGGCGGGUAUUUUUUUAUAUUUGUAUGGUGAGACUUGAUUUCCUCAUCAGUUUAGAAAAGAAAACUUUGCUCUAUACAUGUAGGACAGAAUUUUAUUUCUAGCUUAUAUUUUGCACAUUCCCUGACAAGUGUUUGACAGUUCAAAUGGCAACCAAUGGGUCUACUUACCAACUUAUUGAGGACUGCGAAGCCACAAACAUGGCACUGUAUAAAUUCUAUGCAGCUGUCAUGAUUGUGAUUUUCAUCUUGGCUUUGCCUCUGAAUGUAUCUGUCCUCCACCUCUUCAUAUUCAAGCUGAAAUUCUGGAAAUCCAACACCAACAAUAUCUUCCUUUUCAACCUGGUAUUGGCUGACAUUCUCCUGCUCUUCUGUUUGCCCAUAAAGGCAUACACUUUCAUCCAAGGAGAGAGGAGGAGUGGGAACGACACAGUUUGCAAAGCUAUGCUCUUCAUGUUGUUUUUAAACCGAGGAGCCAGCAUUGCCUUCCUGACAGUGACUUCCAUUGAUCGAUAUUUUAAUGUGGUACAUGCUGGUCGAAAGAAUCUCCUAAGAGCUCUCAAGAAAUCUCCUCAGAUCUCUAUCCUCAUCUGGCUGCUUCUUCUGCCGCUCACCAUUCCCACCAUGCUCAAGAACUUUGAUUGCUGCAACAGCCACAAAAACGAUAAAGACGAUACCUUGAUUAAGGAUGUGGUGGACAGCAUGCGAGAAGUGGUCUUCUUUACCCAGAUUCUCAUUCCCUUCGUCAUCCUGAUCUACUGCACAGUGCACAUCGUCAACCGGCUCAGGAAGAAAACAGUUGGGGAUAUUACCAAGCUGAAGAGAGCAGUCUUUUUGGUGACCUCUGUCAUGGUGGUCUUCUCCUUCUGCUUCCUCCCCUGCACCAUCGCCAGGAUGGUUCUGCUGAUCGCCCGGGUCCAAGAGUGGAGUGAAUCCUACCAGGAAAAAGCUGCUGUGGCCUUUGACGGCCUCAUGGUCCUCUCCUACAUGGACUGUCUACUGGAUCCGCUGGUCUACUGCUUCUGUAGCACCAAGUUUAAAGCUCUUUAUCUCUCUAAUUAUUUCCCAUUCUUAGUCAAAGAAGGGUCAGGGCCGUUAGACAGCUCAACAGGAAACACAUCACAUCCUCCACACAAUAAUGUCAUUUGAAAUUCAUGGAGAACGGAGGAUGGAUGGCUACUGUACAGUGUGUGGUUUCUCUAGGUGGUGACAGCAGAAUGAGUGGUUAAGAUUCCUUUGUGUUAAAGGCCAAAAAAGAACAGGAAUCGUAUCUGUCGAAUCAUACCAAUCUCACACAACCUUUAUCCAAGCUUCCACAGUCAAACUAACAUCCGUGUUUAAGGCUCAGAAAAUAUAACCAUGUCACCCGAAUGUAUUGUCAAAUACAUUUUCUAUGAAGCUGUAGAUAGUGAGAAAUUCCAAACUAAAGGGAAACAAGGUUUUACAGAAAUCACUGACAGUAUUUACUAAUAUGGAUUCCUUAAGCAGGGGUAUUAAAUGUGUACAUGUAACUGACCCCAAAUAGAUGCAUAUUAGGCUAUGUUCAGACCCCCAUUAGACUUCCUAAAUCCUAAAGGCCCAUACAGGAAACUGAUCAUUAAUGUUGAUUUAAUAUUGAAUUUUAGAACUGUUUAUAUUGUAUGUCGAAAGAGAUGGGUAUAAUUAUACUGUACAUAUUUUCUGUCCGGGAUAAUUCCUUGUAAAUUAAUUUAUAAUAAAAUUACAGUUAACUGUCCAUCAUUAUGUUGGGGACCCCUUCACAAACUCCUGGUGAUUUGAAGAUCCCACUUUGACAACCAUUAGUCCAGCACACAAAACUACAUGCCUCAAAAA